AUGAGCCAGCCAACCAUCAAUCCUGAGGAUUCGCAUCCUCCAAGCCUCCACAUCAUCGAGCAGUGGAAGGAGGUCAAACAAAGUCUACCCUUCGAUGACCAGCAGGACUUUGACGACUCUAGACAGGGCUGGAGAGGUCACCUCCACCCUAACCAGGUCACCAAUGAUCAAGGCGUGGUGUGGGACAACGAUGUCUACGAUUUCCUGAAGGAGGACGCUCCAUUCUCAGCCAACCCAAGUCUGUGGCGCCAGUCGCAACUUACUCGCAAGAAUGGACUUUAUCAUGUCGCCGGGCCCAUCUACCAAGUGCGUGGACUCGACCUCUCGAACACGACCAUCAUUGAGGGUGACGAGGGCAUCAUUGUCAUCGAUCCCCUCACUUCGCUGGAGACCGGUGCUGCUGCACUCGCCCUCUAUCAGAAACAUCGGGGCAGCAACAGAGACGUCAAGGCUAUCAUUUAUACGCACUCCCACGUUGACCACUUCGGUGGGGUCAAAGGCUUCGUCAGCGAAAAGGAUGUCGAGGAAAAGGACGUCAAGAUCAUUGCCCCCGAGGGCUUCCUGGAGCAUGCUGUCUCCGAGAACGUCUACACUGGCACUUCAAUGAGCCGCCGCGCCGCGUACAUGUACGGUGCUGCCCUCGAGCGCGGACCGAGAGGUCAGAUCGGUGCUGGUUUGGGACAGACUACAUCCACCGGCACCCACAGGAGAAAAGUCAAUCAUCGAUGGGAUCCAAAUGGAGUUCCGAUGGCACCGGACACCGAGGCGCCUUCCGAAAUGCUCAUCUGGUUCCCCGAUCUCAACGCACUCUGUGCUGCCGAGGACGCCACUCACACCUUCCACAACAUCCUGACCCUGCGUGGCGCUGUCGUCCGCGAUCCGCACUCCUGGGCCAAGUACCUCACAGAGACCAUUGACCGAUACGGCAACAAAGUCGAGGUCGUUUUCGCCCAGCCUCACUGGCCAACCUGGGGCAAUGACAACAUCCUGAAGUUCCUCACCUACCAGCGUGACCUGUACGCAUAUGUGCAUGACCAGACCCUCUGCCUCCUGAACAAGGGAUACAACGGCCCUGAGAUCGCCGAAAUGCUGACCUUGCCCCCGGCCCUUGAUCAGUCUUGGUAUUGCCGUGGCUACUACGGCUCUCUGAGCCACAACGUCAAAGCCAUCUAUCAACGCUACGUCGGCUGGUUCGACGGCAACCCAGCUCAUUUGUGGGAGCACACCCCAGUCGCGAAGGCCAAAAGGUACGUGAAACUCAUUGGUGAGGAUGAGAUCAUCGAACAGGGUGUCAAGGGAUACCUAAAAGGAGACUACCGCUGGGCCGCUGAACUUCUGAGUCAUGCUGUCUUCAACAACCCUGACAACAAGGAUGCCUGCAACAAGCUGGCAGAUGUGUACGAACAACUGGGAUACGGCGCCGAAAACGGCACCUGGAGAAACUUUUACAUCUCCGGAGCGACUGAGCUGCGCAGUGGCAACUUUGGCACGCCUACAAAGACGGCCUCGGCAGAUGUGGCGGGCCAGCUCAGCCCAGAUAUGGUCCUGGACACUCUCGCUAUCCAGAUUAAAGGACCUGAGGCGUGGGAUAAGAAGUUGCUUAUGGAUCUCGUCGUUUCGGAUCAAGAUAAUAAAACUUACCAUUCCUGGCUCUCUAACGGGGCACUCGUCUACAGCACCGCUGACCAGUCGGACGCUGCUCAGGUGACUCUGAGUGGUACUGCUAAGCAGUUGACUGCGCUUGCUGUGUAUGGGCCUGAUCCAGAGGCUUUGGUUAAUACCGGCGUUGUCAUUGAUGGAGAUACUACUGCGCUGGAUAUGCUUGCGUCGUUGCUUGAUCCGGGUGAUCCUAACUUCAAUAUUGUUACUCCAUGA